GUUUGCGUGUCGGAGUAUGGUGUUUUUGUAGUUUAAUUCAGUUAGUGCUAUAUUGAACAGGGUGUUAGCAAUGAAAAAAUUGGUAUGGUUUCUGCUUAUUUUCAUUUGUGCACAAGUGAUAACUGCCAAACGGCGACACUUACAAGACCAAUUACAAUAUCAGCUGGAUCCACUAAACGAACAAACUGAGUAUGAAACAAAAGACCAAGGGAAACGAACAUUGUUUCCGGCACGUCAUUACAUGUUUGGGAAGCAUGUUGCUAUCGAUUCCAACGGACGCAAGUAUUUGUUAGGAUAUAGUCCACUAAAUGUAAAAUACGCACCACUCUUCAAACCGGUUGCUGUUUUCAGACAGCCAAUUCAUGACAAUAACCUGAUAUGGAAACCGCUAAGGCAGUAUUUACCCCCAGCAAUACAAGCACCUAGUACAAUAAACCUUGACACCAAUGGAUGGAAACCGAUAAUGCCAGUUGCAAAUCCGAUAGUCCACAUUCCAAAACCGCUUCUUGUACCACAACAAAUUCAACCCGCGGUCGAAAAUGCUGUUAUUGCGAAACCGGUAUUCGCAGGAGUACAACCUCCGCUUCCUGUGCACCAUACUCCAGUUGAUCUAAAACCUUUGCUACAACCGCUACAUAACUACUACUUCUUUCAAACUCCGGUUGUAAAACCACUCCUGGUACCCCAGCAACAACUGCUUCAAAUUUCCAGGCCGGAAUUAGGAGUGCUACCGUUAGGGUCCGCUUUUCAGGUAUCACCACAUCAUCACAUCCAUCCACCGCAAAUUCAUCAUUUAGGCCCUCUCGCGCAUCCAUCAACUCCAAUACACGCUCCACCUCCACCACAUAACCAAAUUUUGUUCCAUCCACAACACACCAUCGAUCACUUACACAAUCCCCAAAUUGUCCACAAUCAUCAUCAUCCUUUAUUCAUACCUUCCCACCAGCAACACGUGCCCGAACUAAAUCAUCUCCACCCUUCAAUUCCGGAACACCACCAACCGUUACCGCAACUCCACCAUUCCGUUUCAUUCCCAGUCAACUUCCCACCAAUUUCCGUUCACGGGAAUCCACCCAAUUACUCGCCGCCGCUCUUUACGCACAACCAUCAUCCAGAUCAAGUUAUAUACGGCAAGCACUUUCCGAUAGCAAAUCAGAUUCCACAACUCCCCCACCUGCCACACGCAGAUAAUCCUCAUCCGGUACCGGACGACCAGCCCAAAAUUUUAUUCAACCCCGCUAUCCAGCCUGGACAGAGCGAUUUACAGAUACCAGCACAUUUGCCCACGCAUCCCCAAUUUAUUCAGCAUAUUAACGGACACGCUAUUCACCCCCAGUACCUUCCCAUACCGGAACCGGAUAAAAUAAUCAAGCCGGGCGUUGAUUUGGAACCGCCGUUUACGUAG